CGAUCUCAUCUCUUUUGUCUGUGUUCAAGGCAAUUACUUCUUAGAAAGUGGAUUUUCUUCAGAAUGACUAUGUACAAGAGCAAACGCAGAAACCAAAGAUAUAUCAACAUGGCUGGAGAACCAAAACCAUACAGACCAAAACCUGGCAACAAGCGGCCACUUUCAGCACUUUACAGACUUGAAUCAAAGGAGCCUUUCCUGUCCGUUGGUGGUUAUGUCUUUGAUUAUGAUUACUACAGAGAUGAUUUCUACAAUCGGUUGUUUGAUUACCAUGGCCGUGUCCCACCACCACCCCGUGCAGUGAUUCCACUGAAGCGUCCUCGUGUGGCUGUGACAACAACUCGCAGAGGCAAAGGGGUUUUCGCCAUGAAAGGAGCAUCACGAUCCACUUCAAGUGGGGCUUCUUCCUCAGGAUCCAAAUCACCCACCUGUCUUCCCCUGCCCCUUAUGUGGAGUGAUACUGUCCUUGGAAGCGUCACUGGAAGAGGAAGAGAAAGAUCAGUGAAAUCAGAUGAGUUGCAAACAAUCAAGAAGGAAUUAACCCAAAUCAAAUCAAAAAUUGACUCCUUGUUAGGGAGACUGGAAAAGAUUGAAAAGCAGCAAAAAGCUGAAGCAGAAGCUCAAAAGAAACAAAUGGAAGAUAAUGCUGAUUUGAUUCAAGAGGAAUGCAUAUCAGAGAAUGCAGAUAACUCUACAGAAGAGCCGAUUGAAGGAGGGCCAGAUGCAGAUGGGGAUGGAGAAGAGAUGACUGAUGGGAUAGAGGAGGAUUUUGAUGAGGAUGGCAGCAAUGAGCUGUUUCUACAGAUCAAGUGAUGAGAUGUCAUGUGUGAACCCUCUGAAGGCUGAGAAGAGAAACUCUGACUUCCCAACAGAAAAUUGUGAACUGCGGUUUCUUACUGGC